CAACGGCAGUUGUUAGUUUUUUGGCAUGUGAUUUUCUUUCUACCAUUCUUGAUUCUUUGCCGUUGGAUAUUCCCACUAUUGCCUUCAUGGGGUUUUUGGAGACCAUUUACCAUCUAUUUAUUUACCUUUCUUCUUGGGGGAUCUUGAUUCUCAUUUUAGUGUUGUUUAUUUCUGGUGGUCCGAUUGAUUGCCCUUUUGUCCUCUUCUUCUUUACCUUUUUCUUUUCUUUUCUUGACAUUUCACUUCUUACAAGGCCUUUGUCUUGUUGUGUCGUCCACCCCACCCCUCACUCCUUGAAGUUUCCUUGUCUUUUUUACCUGUCGUCCACACUUUUCCUUUUGUCUAUAGUUCCCGGAACUGGGCGGCUUUGAAAGCUGCCAUCAAGCCUGAGAUAUUCUGAAUUGAACACCACAUCUCCGCGGACUCCGCCGGA